GAAGAGUGAGGAGGGUGGGGUGGGCAUUUUCUUGGGAAUUCAAUGGAUAUGAACUUGGGGGCUUUGGAAUCUCGGUGGCUUGGAAUAUCUAUAUGCUGACCAUCUUUUGAAGUGGCACACGGAAGCUCACUUGGGGGAACGAUCUGCAGAACAGCAAGAUGUCUCUGGCUACUUUCUACUUGGUUUUGCCCCUAAUGGAAGUGCUCUUGUCCGCUGAAGUGAAUGGGCUGCUUGGUGGAGACCGUCUCGACUGUGUGAGAGCCAGUGACCAGUGUCUCAGGGAGCAGAGCUGCAGCACUAAAUACAGGACACUGAGGCAAUGCGUAGCCGGCAAAGAGAGCAACUUCAGCCGGGCGACAGGCCUGGAGGCCAAGGACGAGUGCAAAAGUGCCAUGGAGGCUCUCAAGCAGAAAUCGCUGUACAAUUGCCGCUGCAAGAGGGGCAUGAAGAAGGAGAAAAAUUGCCUACGUAUUUACUGGAGCAUGUACCAAAGCUUACAGGGAAAUGACUUGCUUGAAGAGUCACCUUAUGAACCAGUUAACAGCAGACUAUCGGACAUAACGAGGCUAGCACCAGUUCUGUCAGUGGAGUUUACGAUUUCAAAGGGGAACAACUGUUUGGAUGCAGCAAAAGCCUGCAACCUAAACGAUACCUGCAAGAAACUCCGAUCGGCUUACAUAACCCCCUGUACCAGCAGUGUGUCUAAUGAAAUCUGCAAUAAGCGGAAGUGUCAUAAGGCCCUAAGGCAAUUUUUCGACAAAGUUCCCCCGAAGCACAGUUAUGGGAUGCUGUUCUGCUCCUGCCAAAACAUUGCAUGUACAGAAAGGAGACGCCAGACUAUUGUUCCUGUGUGUUCAUAUGAGGACAAGGAGAAACCGAACUGCCUGAAUUUACAAGAUACUUGCAAGACGAAUUACAUCUGCAGAUCUCGCCUUGCAGAUUUUUUCACAAACUGCCAGCCUGAGUCACGGUCUAUUAGUAGCUGUCUGAAGGAAAACUAUGCUGACUGCCUCCUCGCUUACUCGGGGCUUAUUGGCACAGUGAUGACGCCAAAUUAUAUAAACUCCAACAGUCUCAGUGUUGCUCCAUGGUGCAACUGUAACAACAGUGGCAAUGACUUAGAAGAAUGCAUGAAAUUUCUGAAUUUCUUCCAGGACAAUGUAUGCCUUAGAAAUGCAAUCCAGGCCUUUGGCAAUGGUACAGAUGUGAAUGUGUGGCAGCCAUUACUACCUGUUCAAACCACCACAGCUGUAACUACGAUAGCUUACAGAGCUAAAGUGCAGGCAUCAGAGAACACAAACAAUGAAAUACCUACCAACGAUUUACCAGCAUGUGCCAAUCUGAAGUUACCAAACCAGAACUUCAAUGAAUCUGUAGCACCGGAACUCUGUAUGUCUGGGAAUGCAAUGGGGAAAGAGAGCAUGGCAGGAAGCUCCACCAGUCAUAUUUCUUCUGAGAAUUCAUCUGCUCUUUGUAUCAACAUCAGGUCAAGCACGCUUCUCAUGCUGCUGGCAACUGCACUCUCCUUCUGCUUCUCCCCACGUUCAGCAGGAACCUUGUAGCUACUUUAACAAAAGGACCUGUACAAAGCAAAAAGAAAAAAAUGAUCUGUUCCCUGUUCUCUGUUGUUUCUCUAAAGUUCCAGUGCUAGAAGCUAAAUGGAAACCUGUGCUAAAAAAAAAAAAAUCUGGAUUAUUGUCAUGAUUUUAUUCCUUUUAAAGAAAGCUUCUUACGAUAUUUAGGGGCUUUGUGAAACACUUGAUGAUGCCGUGCUAUUUUCCAAACCCAGAAGACUGUUGGAUACACUGUUUUAAAGAGAUGGAAUUCCAGUUUGUUUGUAAAUCUCAGAAGCUUGAUUUUUUUCCCUUCUGGUAUUUUAAUUCUACCCCAGAAGAGCGGCCACAUUUGUUAGGAUCUGAUUUCUCUCAUCUGGGGCUCAGUCCACUAGGAAGUUCUCCUGUGCAGCCUCCAAUGAAGUGAGUAGAAUCUGUGCAAGUUCAAUGAUACUGCUUCUAUAUCCCAAGUUCUUGUAGAGUAGAACUGAGACAGAUGUCCUCCCCUACGAGAAUCUGGACUGGAGUCACACUUUCCAGAGCAGAUCCUGCUGUUUUCUGAUGUAUUUGGGAUCUGUUUCAGAAAUGCAUGAGAUGUACAUAUGGCAGAGCCUUGGAUCUUCUUGGACUUCAGUGCUGCUGCCAAUUGUUUCUGGAGGCCUCCAGCAUGCGGCAGGAGCAGCGCUCUUGCGGCAUGCUGGAAGCCCCAGAACAGACAAGGGCAGGACUAGCAUGGGUAACUUCCUGGUGGAUGUUUUUUGGGAUAUUUCUUUUUUUCAAAUUUAACAGAUUUUGAAGGAACAAAUCAGCAAGGUGUUGUCACUUGGUGAAUGUCUUCCUGGAGAGUGAAUUUUAUGGAACUUCUUCAUGUUUCAUAGAUGGCUACCAAUGUUUUAGCAUACUCUUCCACAUUUAUAUAUGUAAGACGUUUUGCAGCUCUUUGCUGAGAAACCAUUAUAAAUCAUAUACCAGUGUAAUACACAUAUUUUCUCCAGAAUUUCUGCAGACCUAGAGAGUGAUAUUAAACUUUCUAAUGCUGCUUUUAUUUUUCUGAUUAUAAUCAUAUAGCCUUGACAAGAGGUUAAAAAACAAUCGUAUAUUAAUAAGAAACUAUCAUUGUGAAAGUUUCUGUAAUCUAAACUUUUAUCUUUCUGAGGAUAUAUUUAAAAAAACACCAGAAAUUGUUUUUGCUGAAGGGUUUCGCCUAUACAAUUAUAGGUCUUUAUUGUAAUUAUAGAGUUUAGUUAUUUUAUUGUUCAUUGAAUAAAAAUGACCUGAAUCUUAAUUACUCUAAAGAAACAUCA